AUGUCGACCGACGCCCGCUCGCGGCUGGGCACGGCGACGUCUGCGCUCCUUGCGCCAUUCUCGAGCGAGGAUGGCUCCCAGGCAUCCAACCGUAUACUCUCAGGAUUGGCCCCCUCUAUGAUGACUCCAAGACGGAUGGCAGCGGCAGCGAGUGCGGCAGCCACCGGAUCAAUCGAAAAUCCGCCUUCUUCAGUAUUAGACUUCGCGACUAUUGGUCGAGUUCCACUGCGUAUUUCCCUAGGCCGCCGCUCGACUGCACGAGACUUGUCUAUUAGGGAAGCAACAGAUGCCCUGUUGCUCGAACCUAUUCCCGAUACUCCAGCUACUGAGACCGAGAGCUCAGUAAGUUUUAUGCGAGGGUUUUCUGCGACGGUGAAUAGUGUGGACGCAAGCCGGUCUCGGAGACGCAAGGCCAGAAAUGUAGACCUCCCCCACUUGGGCUUGAGGAGCAAGGCCCUUGCCGCUCGGGGUAUGCUUACGGAAGGCGAUCCAGAAGAGUCUCCUGCUGCGAAGAAGUCGGGCCGACACAGGCACUCUCUGUCUUCAUCAGUCAAACUCACACCCGAAGAGCUCGCACGCCAGAAACGUGAGAUUAUCCAGGACAGAGAGAAUAUCCAUGUCCGCAGAAGCCUCAUCAAUAACGAAAUCGCCGAAAUCACAGCUAAAAUUGCGGCUCUCGACGUCAUUCGCAAUAAUCUCGAACAAGACCUCUUGCGUCUCCACGAAAACGAGCUCGAACUCGAAGAAGAGUUGUCGGCCGUCCAAGAGCUACAAUACCUUGAAGGCUCAGCAACACCCUCAGACGUCGGUACUUCACGUAGACGUAAAGGUCCCGCCUUUUUGCCUUCGGAGCAUGAUGAUCUCCCUCCGAAUAUUGCGUUUAUGACCCUGACGACUAGUGGCCCUAUCGCUGCUCUCGAUUUUACCGAGCCCUAUGGCCUGCUCGUCACUGCAUCCUAUUUCCCUCAGGCGCCCACCCAAUCGAGCACCACCUUCCCCUUUACAUCGUCCGCAACAUCCCAGUCAUCGACACAUGUGACCCCCUCGGAUCCCGACCCUCGAAUGUGGGAUCUGUGCGCGGGAACCCCGAUCGGGAGAUUACGGGGAGCAGGAGUUGUGCGGGCGUUGCAGGUCCAGGGACAAGCUUGCGUUACAGGCGGUGCGGACGGUGUCGUACGAGUAUGGGACUUGAGUAAAGUACCCGACGAUGAUGACCCUGCUGGUUCUUUCGUGGGCAAUGGCAAGAAUGCCAAGUCACGGGAGGAAGAAGACUUUGUGCACCUGGAGCGGGAGAGUACGAGCGAAGGGAGUGGUGAGGGACCAGAUACUGGAUGUAUUAAAGUACUCGAAGGCCAUUCCAAGGCCGUUACUUCGUUGUAUUUCGAGGAUGCUUGCAUGGUCACGGGCGCCGCCGACAAAACAAUCAGGCAGUGGGAUGUGACCACUGGCCAAUGCGUACUUACGAUGGAUCUCCUUUGGGCCAUGUCUCAUCCCGGUGACUCCUCCGAAUAUGUUGAUCAGCCAUACGACUUCUCUGCGAAUUUCCCCGAAGGCGAGGAUAGGUUUGUGGGUGGACUGCAGUUCUGGGGAUAUGCACUCGUGAGUGGCAGCGCAGACGGUGCGGUCCGAAUGUGGGACAUGCGUACCGGCCAAUCGCACCGAACACUUCUAGGCCACACGGCACCUAUCACCGCUAUCCAAUUUGACGAAAUUCAUGUUGUGUCCUCUGCUCGAGACGGUACCGUCCGCUUGUGGGACCUCCGCUCCGGGGGCCGUACUGUGGAGCUCCUCCGAUUCGGCUCGUCUCGUCUCGCGGCCCAGAACGAAUUUGGCCUGAGUGCCGGCUUGAGUGAGUACUCUUCUCAUGUUGGAAGGGGCUCGAGUACAAGUUUGGCAGCGAUGGGCGGGACAGCGUCCCCCGUUGUCGGAGGCGGAAUAGGAGAUGUUCAGUUUGAUUCGAGGAAGAUUGUUGCUGCUUCGGAUAACGGCGUCGAGAUAUUCAACCGUAUUAGCCAGCAGUACACCACGCUCACGGUCAACGGCCACUAUGGUGCUAUCGAACGGCUGCGGUACAUUGAUCGUUACCUCGUUUCUGGAGGGAGAGAUGCGACAGUCAAAAUCUGGGCGUUAUAG